AUGUUUUGGUCAGCGAAGACCGGUAUCACCUCCAAGUAUUCAUUCUCUUCAUCGCCGACUUUCACCUGCGAACCAUGGAACAUUUAUAUGGGUAGAUUGAAGUCCUCAAAUUCCGCAUCUGGUGCGCCAUCCAAAGUCUCUAUCUUCGUCUUCGAUAAGAGACAAUUCGAGAAUCAUCUGUUGAAUUAUGGUAUUAUAAAAUCUAGAAGCUCGUCGCAUGACAAGACUCUGCUGCAAGACGCAUAUGAAGUGUUAAGAAGACAGGUGAGUAACCUAAGUAAGCUCAAGCACCCUAAUAUCCUGGCAGUGAUUGAACCUCUGGAAGAGCACAGUAAGAAUUUCAUGUUUGUAACCGAGUAUGUGACAGGAUCAGUGGAGUCUGUGUUUGGACAUGGGAAUGAAGAAACAAGCUUUCUCCAGCAACACGACAAGGAAGAAGUUAUCAUUCAGAGAGGCUUGCUUGAAACAGUGCAGGCAUUGGAUUUUAUACACAACCGGGCAAUUUCCGUCCACUUGGACAUUCAACCGCGGUCAAUUUUAAUCAACGAGAACUCCGAUUGGAAAGUCUCCGGUCUAGGGCAUCUGAUAAAACUUCCGCAUGGUACCAGCUCAAGUGAGUACUUUAUCGACCAAUAUGACCCAAGGAUACCUUCCUUUCUUCACCUGCAGUUGAAUUACACCGCACCAGAGAUUGUUCUUGAGAAUACUGUCUCUUUCAAAAGCGACUUCUUUUCAUUGGGGCUAUUGAUUUACAUGCUGUAUACAGGGAAGGAUAUGCUAUCUACCGAAAACUCCACCAGUCAGUACAGGGCGGAAUACACCAGAUUUGAAAGAAAGCUUGCAACUAUGUCGUGGGAAAAUAUGUUCAAUAAACUCCCGGUGAGCCUAAGACCAUGCAUGCCCAGAUUGAUGAACCGAGAUAUUUAUUCCCGCUAUGAUAAUAUCAAUGAAUUUUUGGAUAGUGAGUUCUUUCAGGAUCCGCUUAUUAAGACCUUGAGUUUCCUUGACGAUCUGCCAACUAAAACUAACGAUGAAAAAGUUGUGUUCCUAAACGGUCUUGAGGAACUUCUGCCAAAGUUUCCGGUCACAUUACUGCAGAGGAAGUUCUUGACUGUUCUGCUCGAGGGUUUGGCUCAACAAUGCAAGGACAAAGAACCCAAUGGACCCUGUAUUUCUAAGGAGGUAGAGAUUAUAAUCAGAAUCGGAUCAACAGUCUCGCAGCUUACAUUUCAAGAGAAGAUCUAUCCUGCGUUGACGAAAAAAUCCGACUUUCCAAUCAUUCUUCACAAUGCCACGAUGGCUCUCAUCAAGAACUUAUCUACCAUAAGGCAGAAAGUAAAAAAAGAGGAUUUCUUGGAAAUUAUUCUAAAACCACUGUUAACUUUCACAUUUCAUGACAUGCAAGGAGAGCAGUCUCUGGCAGCACAGGAAUCCUUGUUGGGGGAUCUGAAUAUUGUUGCAGACCUUUUCGAUUUCGUUACAAUGAAGAAUUUCUUGAUGCCCUUGAUAUCCCAUUUGUUCACCAAGACGACGAGUCUCAUGGUGAAAGUAUCGAGCAUAUCGUGCCUGAGAGAACUGAUCGAGAAAGAGCUAGUCGACUCGGAUCUCAUUUGCGAUGAGGUGUUGCCACUUUUCAAGUCAAUGAAGACGAGAGAUCCAAGAAUCCUGAUGCAAUCGCUGACAUUAUUUGAAAUGGUUCCUAAAGUCAUUAAAAGCGACGGGACCCUCGUAGAACAGCUUUUGCCUCUGCUGUGGAAUUACUCCAUGUCCCAAACACUAGACAAAGCGCAAUACAGUCGGUACACUGUCGUCAUCAAUAGACUCUCCCACACCAUCCAGAAAACGCACUCCAACACCCUACAAGACCCUACCUCGAGCUCGCACGAUGCUGCUGGCACCAAGGACUUCGAUAACCUGAUAAAACCAGUGUCAGUCAAACGUGAAGAUCCCGAGACCAAGGCCGCCAAGAGUAUUGCAGUUCCAGCCAUUGUGCCGAAGAAAAAGUCUGGCGCCAGAAAGCCAUCAAUACUAACUCCAAGACCCGCUCAACCAUCAAAGAACGCUCCAAGACCAAGAAUUUUACCUCUAAAGCCACGCCAACAAGAAGCAGAUGCGGACGAUUUUGACGAUUUUGUCUCCGCCACAUCAUCCCCAGCUCCGCCCACGGCCAACCACGGCAGCGCCUCUACUACACCGUCGCAUGGACACCCUCGCAUUAUUAUGGAGUCUAAACUACACACUCCGAUGUCUAAUCUGCCACCCGGGUUUUCCGUCUCUCUACAGCCGAGCCGGAAGCCCUUCGAUACAGCAACAAGAUCUGAAGAUAGCUCUGCCUCACUAAUAUAA